AUGUGCCCAGCUGGGAUUACGGCCAACACUUUGCAAAUCUCCCCCAAGUGUGAAGUGCAGGUGGAAUCCUUCAAAAAGAACCUCUGUACUCAGGCUGAAGAACUUGUUGCCCAGCAUUUCCCAGAAAAGAUUGUGGAGCUAAAUAAUUUUUUGAAGGACCCUGAACUGAAUGUCUCAGAACUCAUUUCUCUCCAUGCUGAGCUGGAUAUCCCUGUGCCUGACCCCAAGAAGGAUGAGGAAUGCUAGAAGGAAAAGGAAGAUGAUGGGAAGAAAGAGAAGGAUACCAAGGAAUCAGAUGAUGAGGAUAAAGCACUCUCCCACAGCCCUGUAGCCCACGAGAUUGUGGCCCUCCUGAACUACAUCAAGCUGGAGAUCCAGGACACCAAGGAGAAGAUGAAUGUGAUCUCUCUGUGGCUGCAGCUCCAGGUUCCGUGGAUUGAAGAGGGCAAUAAUUUGGGGGUGGCAGCCCAGCUGGAAGGAUUCCAAACUCACAUUUCCGAGUAUUAUUCUGAAAGGGGCAAUGCAGUGUCCAAAGCAGCCAAGAGUCUACUUGUGGGUGACUUCUGGCACCUGGUGCAUGAAAUUGACGAGGCGGAGUAUGCUGAAAUCCAAUUCAUGGUCAAUGAACUGCAGUACAUUUGUGCUGUGGUCUAUGAUGGCGUCCUGAAGAACUUUGAGAAGAUGAAAAAGCCGAGAGACAAAAAUGAAGGGUUGAUCUACUAA